GGUCUGAGUCAGCGCUUUUAUGAUUGAUAGCGAGGUUUUGAGGGUGAUAUUGUUCAGGACGUCCUCAAUUAUGGGAACGAGAUUAGCGAUCGCCGAUUUAAUGUCGAUCUUACAGUCACCGUUGACAGUGUUGUUGCCCGGCUUGAGCACCGCGUCAUAGCGACCGCUUGGCCUAAUAGAAUAUCACCAGAGAAAAGGUCUAGAGUUACAAUUCCCUAGCACGCUUUUGUGAGCCUGAGGGAUAACAGAUGCGGAUCUUGCGGAUCUUACUAGCUGCAACAUGAUGAUAAGAACCACUUUCAGGUUGGUGCCAUCUUCUUGACAGGGAAGUGUGACUCUAGCAGAUUCGAUAUUGAAUCCUCUAAAAAUGUCCGGACCUGCAGCGUGAUGACUUAGCCGAAUUGGGCAAAGAAGAGGGUCUCUGUCGGGUUGCAUACCGUUUAGCUCAAGUUUCUUGUCCAGUUUCACUUUGGCCCUUAGUUUUCCUAGAUAUGCAACUGUUAUACCCUCCACUGCUAAAACAAAAGUGCGCUGAUGAGUAAGUUUAAAGAGAAAUUUUGUGAAGUCCACCUGAUGCAAAAUUGGAACAGUUUCGUCGACAAGUUCUAUCGUCGGAUUCCCUUUUAGUUCGAGCCGUGGCAAUGGGAUACCAACAUACGCUUGUUCGGGGGUGUCCUGGGCUCUAUCUAAGUUUAUAGUAAGGGGGUCCAAUUGCACUAUGAAUGGGGCAGGGACUUUAAGCGACGCCGAGAUAGAAUAGUCGAGGCUAUCCGGCGUGGGAUUCAUGAGCUUCCCUGCGUGAACGGGAAGGCCUGUGUAGUCAACCAUCCUCUGGACAAUUGCAGGGAAAGCGAUCAGAAAGUUAGAUAAGUUAAAUACUCCAGAGUUAGCCUCACAUUUUCGGAAAGGCUUACAGGAUCAGAACAUACAACUACAACAUGGAAAUUGACAAGGACAAGCAUGAAGGGGGGAAAAGGUGAACCUCAUAAUACUGGAAGGGAAAUUGCAAGCAAAAUAAUAACUCCUAACAAAUGGCGCAGCCACCAUUGUCUGUAAUGUGCAGUCACCCUCUCACGACGACUUCGCUCACUCUUUAGCUACCUCAACAUAUUCAGCACUACUCCCAUUCACUCCGACAACUGCCUUGGCCGAAUCCUCAGGGAACUGCCCCCAGUUGUUCCCAAUAACAUAACCGGACGUCUUCUCUCGCGUACCCAUGAUGAGAGGCGACGUACACUCCGGAAGAGGACGAUGGAAUGGGCGUCCCAGCUGGUUUUGCUUAGUUGGGUCAAGGGAAACCCCCAGACGGCAGACAUUCAUAUUUCGACCACUCUAUGGGGCCAUGUCUUGCUCUGUUUAAAGGGCAGUAGGAUUCGUCUUUCCUCAGGUUAUAUCCAUCUGCCCCCACGAUUGACUUACCCCACAUUUUAUGCAUCCAACGUGGUAAUCCUUGUUUCACGCCCCCAAUUCAGCACGAGGCUCUGACAUCAUUAGUUCAUGUGGAGCAAGCUAAAGACGAUCCAUCACCACUCACGUCCUACUUAUUUUUUUGGCUACAUAUAGGAAGCUUCCUCGGUGUUUGUGAAGGAAGCUUCUUCAUGUGCUUUUUCAAGCAAAUUCUUGCACGCACAAAAUUUCCAAAAAAGGGGCAAACGGUUCGCUCCCGUUUGCAACAUCCCAGUAUAAGUAUUAGUCAAGACAUUGCUGGACUACUCCAACCACAAAAGUAUACUCAUCUUCUUGGUCAUGUAGCCGUUGCUGCUGUCGGUAGUUAUCGUCCCUAUCUACGGAGUAGUGAGUAUUCGGCCCAGCUUGCAAACGCGGGGAAUGGUUUCUCGGAUCACACAACUAGAGCAACAGGGGUUCUCUUCUAGCACAACCCUAAUUACUUUCGCAGUGUCAAUAUAGGCAGUCAGGCUCAUUUAUUUCUUCAUCACACUUAUGUUGACUUAACACGUCUAGAGCUAGUAUACUAGCCAACGAUACUUACAUAACCCCGAUUUUGACUACAAUCACCAACAGUAGAACAACAAGGCCAGAAUGCUGGAUGACUCUAAGAAGAGUGCCAUUGCGUUCUUUUCGUCUACUUGUGUUUACCUCACUCUGCUCAGGUUUGCCUACUUCAUGUCGUUAGAAUGGAUGGAUCGGAUUUGUCCCAUGCACUCAAGUACAGAGAUAAAGUCCAAGGAAAGUGGUACUGGUACGGUGAUGGCUACUGCGGAGAAAAGGUCCGUCGAGGAGAAUGGCGUGAAACCGAAUCCGGCGAACCCGGGGGGGGCAUCACUUGAAAUCACUGAAAAACCACCUUCCCGGGUAUCACCAUAUUUCCCCCUAGAAUAUGAGCCCAAGGAAAUACAGAAAAUUACCAAGGAAGGCAUCCUUCUGGCAGGGGGAGCUGUUGCAAUUUUGCUGCAGGUGGCCAAUCCAGGUGUUGGACAGGGAGUGAACGAGCAUAGCAACUUUGCAUAUCGAGUAGCCGAUAGGCUGCGGACUACUAUGACCUAUAUCUAUACCAUUGCCUUUGGCACUCCUAACGAGAAAAAGACCAUUGUCGAUAUGGUCCACCGCGCACAUGCUUCAGUGAAUGGGCCAAACUACGACGCCAACGACCCAGAUCUUCAGCUAUGGGUAGCUGCUACGCUGUACGCUGCAGGAGUGGGAAUUUAUGAGAAGAUCUUCGGCUCUCUCGAUGCCGAAACAUCUGAGAAGGUCUAUGCGGAGUAUUCCGUUCUUGCAACUGCUCUUCGAGUUCCCGCUGGCAAAUGGCCCGCCGACCGUCGCUCCUUUUGGGCUUACUGGGACGACAAGAUCGAGACAAUGGAAGUCACCAGUCACGCGAUUUCCGUUUCAGAGGACUUACUGUGGCCAAAGAAGGCUCCCAUUUGGAUAAAGGCUAAUAUGCCAGCAGUUCGCGUGUUGACGGCUGAAUGGCUACCGCCACGCUUCCGGGAGGCAUAUGGUUUGAAGACGUCCAAGUCGAGACGGAGGGUUUAUCGGGCUUUGAUGGGGAUAACUAAGGGUAUAUAUCCACAUCUGCCAAUGUUCAUCCGAACAGCUCCACGAAACUACUAUAUGAAGGACAUGCGAAAGCGGAUGCAGGGUGCUGUUUAG